GAAUCAAUACCAGUUAUGUUAAAGAUGGAAAGUUGGUGUAUGAGAUGUUCGUUAGAAAUGCCGAGUCCAGGAACAUUAGUCCACGGUUGGCCGGCCAAUUAGAGGCCAUCAUUCAAGUCUCGAAUGAUAUCUUGAGGAAACCAAAUCGACUCUUUAGAGAUAUAUUGAGAAGAAAGCUUUGCAAGUAAUCGGAGCUGCCUGAGAACGGGUUACAUAAGCUCGUAGAUGGAAUCAAACUAGCUUAGGAAGGAGCGAAGGAAAUGGAAAGAUUACAGACUGAACAUGCUCAAGAAAAAGAAACAAAUCAAACGGAAAAGGCAGAGGAAGAAAGAAAAAUCAUGGAGAGUGAGAAGCAAUUGAGAAGAGUGGAUGGUGGACGAGUAGAGAAAGAAAUUAAGAUCGUCGAGAAUGAAAAGGAAAUGAAAAGGGUGGAGGGUGUUCAGACAGAAGAACUCAGAAAUCAAGCAAUGCAAAGGAUAUUGCUUAACGACGGCAACUAUGUGGCGGAUAGAUGCUUGACUUACAAAUCAUCUGCACAAUGGGAUAGAAAAUAUUCGGCGAGAUACUGGUCGGAGAUUCAUGAGAUUAUUGAGUCGGAGAAGCAAAUCGAGGCAACAUCAAGAUCAUUACUACAAGCACCACCACCAUUGCCAAUGUUGGGUCAUCUCCUAGGGGCCGCUUUAGAUCUGAAAGUACCUGUGGACGAUAUAAUGUGGAAUAUAUCAAUGUAUUCCUAAAGGAGCAAGCUCUGUCAUACGGACAUAUCAAUAAUGGUCAAGCAAGGCAAUUGGGUGAAACUUGCCCAACGAACACAAAUUGAGUACGAAAAUUUAGACGCUCUAUUACCAGAUGAUCAUAUAUAUAAAGACAGGGUGUUGCCAUUGAAAUCUGCAACCAAGCCGUUUCAGGACAAAUACUUCUCUCACUUAAAGAUUGAAAAAAUUCUACAUGCUACCGGAGGUUUCGAAAUGAGAGAUUUUAUAUUGAAUACUGAAAUUGAUGACGCUAUGAAAGCAAGGGAGGGGGCUGCUGUUGAAGUGGCUUUGGAUAGAAAGAAGAAGACAGAAGAACGGAGGCAAUUGAAAGGAGAAAAGAAACGAGUCGGAAGGGAAUUGCGAGCUUCUAAAGACUUAGAAAGAGUAAGCAGCACUGGUACUGUGCUGCAAUAUCGAGAUUCAGCUAUUGGAACGGAUAAGACAUCCUGGGAAGUAGAUGAGAGUCUAUCAAAUGACCUUUUUUAAUUUUCAGAUUGUGGAUCAAGACCUGAAGAUUGUAUAACAAAUACCUAAAAUAACACUCUUUUAUACAUCAAUACCUAAUGCACCUCUCA